AUGAUCGCCCAAUUUCGUAAAUGGGACAACGACACGCGGAUCACCAUAGCGCAAGUGUAUAUAGUCUAUACAAUCACAUUUAUAAUUUCAAUUAUCGACUUAGGGACUUUAUACCCACAAUUUAACGUUAUGUGGGUAUUUAUCGUCUAUAUCUUACUACUUUUAUUGUCUCUUAUAUGUCACUAUAAGUGUGUCGUCACUUCAAAUGCCGUGCCAGAGUAUAUCAAAAUGGAUAUGACUACAUACAAACCGUGCGAUAAAUGCGGAUUUGGUAAACCAGAAAGAACACACCACUGCUCGAAGUGUAAAGAGUGUGUUCUAUGUAUGGACCACCAUUGUUUGUAUAUCGCUAAUUGUGUCGGCUUUAACAACAAAAAGUACUUCAUUCUUUUAUUGCUUUAUAACACUUUGAUGAGCUCUUUUGUGGUCUUCAUAAACAGCCCAUUAGCAGUGUACGCUUUUUUAUAUCCAGAAGUUGGCCCAAUGUAUGACAAAGUAUUUCGUUUCUUUGAUUUAAUACAUUUCGGUGCUGCUCUCUAUUCUUUUGUUCUCGUCUUUCAAACGGCUCCUUAUAUGUUAAGUGCCGUAUUCUGUAACUUAACUACAAUCGAUUUAAUAAUUAAAGGAAGUUCGGGACUACUCAGUUCACACCAAUCACAAAUCCGUAAUAAAUACGACUUGGGAGUGAAAAAGAAUAUCACUCAGAUUUUUGGAAACGAUGGCGUUCUUGCAUUCUUCCCAACAAAACCAAAAGGCCUCACUUCCGAUGGAAUCACCUUCGAGCACAACACUGUUUAUAGUCACUCACUUGAUGAGCAGUACAACGAAUAUUACGAGGAUUACUAA